UCAUACCCCAUCACGACAUUCACGGUCGAUCAAGUCACAACCCAUGAUGCACCGUGCUACGAUCAUCGCGCUGAUCUGCUGCCUCGUGGCCGGCGGCAGGGCGCGCGCACAGCCGUUCGACUACCCGGCGGCGAGGCUCUCCACGACCUGGGCCAACACGGACGCCGCCCUGCCGCACCACGUCGUCUACACCGACGGCUCCGUGGCGCGGGCCGCCCUGCUGCGGCUCAACCCGGCGGGCCUCGGCCCCUCCUACGCCUUCGGCUUCUUCUGCACCGCCAGUCAACCGCGCGGCAACGGCCCCGCGGCCCCGUGCACGGAGUUCCUGCUCGGCGUCGCCGUCGUCUACUGCAACAGCGGCGCGGGCAUGACGUUCGUCACGGCCGGCGUCCCGCAGGUCGUCUGGUCGGCCAAACGCGGCAGCCCCGUCAGGGAGGGCGCCACCACGGAGCUCACGCCGGAGGGCGACCUGGUUCUCAGGUCGGGCCCCGGCGGAGCGGUCUUGUGGUCCACCGGCACCAAGGGCCGGUCCGUCGCUGGGGCGCGCAUCGGCAGCGACGGCAACCUGGUGCUAUUCGACGGGCGCAACGCCACGGUGUGGCAGUCAUUCGACCACCCCACGAACGCGCUCCUCGUCGGGCAGUCGCUGAAGCACGGGGCGCGGCUCACCGCCAACGCGUCGACCGCGGACUGGCGCGACGGCAGGCUCUACCUCGCCGUCGACGACGAUGGACUGAACGCCUACGUCAACGCCACGCCGCCGCAGCGCUACUACCACCUCAGCCUCAGCGAGACCGCACCCGGCGCCUACGCGACGUACACCAACGGCAGCCUCACGGUGUCCGCCCGGCCCGGUGCGCCGCCGCUGGCCGCCAUCCAGCUGCCCACCGUGGGCGCCGGCACGGUGCAGUACAUGCGGCUGGAGCACGACGGCCACCUCCGGAUCUACGAGUGGCGCUCGGGCUGGGCGCCGGUGUACGACGUGCUCAAGUCUGCUACGACCUGAUGAAUCCUGAGCACCAUACAUACAUACAUACAUACAUCAAGGCAUAUGGCAAUGUCCUAGAAAAAUAUGACACGAAUAAAGUUCUGCGACAUGUAUGUACAAAUUCCAUUAUAUAAA